AGGGCGCCAUGAUUGGUUGGCGCUGGGGCCGCGGGCGGUGGGGGAGCUCGGCGAGUCUGGGUUUCACGCCGGUGUCGGACUUUUCCCUUCCGUGUGUCGAGGCCGUGGGGGGCUGCAGAGGGAGGGGAGUCGGCUCGGCGGAAACCUGGAUUUGGUUCUAAGAGCCGUGGGGUUGAGCGGGGGUGACCGGAAGUCAUCUUGGGACUGACCGGAAGCCAGGCCUGGAGGGGACAGGGAGAGCGGGUCCCCGGAGGGAGGGGGCUCCCAGUGGAAGGGGGCGGGGGGAAAGGUGGGAGAGCGGAGUGGGAGCGCCGGGUAGGCAGCGCGUGCCGCUGCUGGUCUGUUUGGAAAGCAGUGUGACCACCACGAACCCAAGGAGUGGGAGUAUGGGAAUCCAGGGCUGCCUCUGGGCAGUCUGGAGUAGUUAAGCAAAGGGGCCCUCGUGCGGCUCCAGAAAGCUGGGUGGGAGGGGUUUUCAGUCGGGGCAGCCAAGAGCAAGGAGGCAAGGGUACGGGCAAUUAGUUAGAUUGUGCGGGCAGUGCGGGUUGGGCUUGGGGGUGGCUGGUAGGUACUGUGUGGGAGAUCUUGGUUUGGAGUUUUCUACAGUCUUGCCCCUGGUGGGUAGAAUCACACUACUCGCCUUUGUACAAGAAAACGGUGUCUCCUGGGGCAGCGAAGGAGCCAGGAUGGCCUGGGCUCUGAAGCUGCCUCUGGCCGAUGAAGUGAUUGAAUCCGGGCUGGUGCAGGACUUUGAUGCUAGUCUCUCCGGGAUCGGCCAGGAACUGGGUGCUGGUGCCUAUAGCAUGAGAUUGUUCCAGAUUUGGCCAGAGGAACCCCUUCAAGCUGGCUCCACACAGAAGCCUUUUAAAAUUAAGGUCUUGCUGAUGCCUAUUGUUCCGAGUGAUGUCCUCGCAUUACCCAUUUUUAAGCAAGAAGAGUCAAGUUUGCCUCCUGAUAAUGAGAAUAAAAUAUUACCUUUCCAAUAUGUGCUUUGUGCUGCCACCUCUCCAGCAGUGAAACUCCAUGAUGAAACCCUGACAUAUCUCAAUCAAGGGCAGUCUUAUGAAAUCCGAAUGCUAGACAAUAGGAAACUUGGAGAACUUCCAGAAAUUAAUGGCAAAUUGGUGAAGAGUAUAUUCCGUGUAGUGUUCCAUGACAGACGGCUACAAUACACUGAACAUCAGCAGCUGGAGGGCUGGAGGUGGAACCGACCUGGAGACAGAAUUCUUGACAUAGAUAUCCCAAUGUCUGUGGGUAUAAUCGAUCCUAGGGCUAAUCCAACCCAACUCAAUACAGUGGAGUUCCUGUGGGACCCUGCAAAGAGGACAUCGGUGUUUAUUCAGGUGCACUGUAUUAGCACAGAGUUCACUAUGAGGAAACAUGGCGGAGAAAAGGGAGUGCCCUUCCGAGUACAGAUUGAUACCUUCAAGGAGAAUGAGAACGGGGAAUAUACUGAGCACUUACACUCAGCUAGCUGCCAGAUCAAAGUCUUCAAGCCCAAAGGUGCAGACAGAAAGCAAAAAACAGAUAGGGAGAAAAUGGAGAAACGGACACCUCAUGAAAAGGAGAAAUAUCAACCUUCCUAUGAGACAACUAUACUCACAGAGUGUUCUCCAUGGCCCGAGAUAACAUAUGUCAAUAACUCCCCAUCACCUGGCUUCAACAGUUCCCACAGCAGUUUUUCUCUUGGGGAAGGAAAUGGUUCACCAAAUCACCAGCCAGAGCCGCCCCCUCCAGUCACAGAUAACCUCUUGCCAACAACCACACCUCAGGAAGCUCAGCAGUGGUUGCAUCGAAACCGUUUUUCCACAUUCACAAGGCUUUUUACAAACUUCUCAGGGGCAGAUUUAUUGAAACUAACUAGAGAUGAUGUGAUCCAAAUCUGUGGCCCUGCAGAUGGAAUCAGACUUUUUAAUGCAUUAAAAGGCCGGAUGGUGCGCCCAAGGCUAACCAUUUAUGUUUGUCAGGAGUCCUUGCAGCUGAGGGAGCAGCAGCAACAGCAGCAGCAACAGCAGCAGAAGCAUGAGGAUGGAGACUCAAAUGGCUCUUUCUUUGUGUACCAUGCCAUCUAUCUCGAAGAACUGACAGCUGUGGAACUGACAGAAAAAAUUGCUCAGCUUUUCAGCAUUUCCCCUCGCCAGAUCAGCCAGAUCUACAAGCAGGGGCCAACAGGAAUCCAUGUGCUCAUUAGUGAUGAGAUGAUACAGAACUUUCAGGAAGAAGCCUGUUUUAUUCUGGACACAAUGAAAGCAGAAACCAAUGAUAGCUAUCACAUCAUAUUGAAGUAGGUGUGGGGCUUUCCAUGCUCAGUGGCUGCUGCUUCCUUCACCUCUUGGAAACUCCCUCCUGCAGAGGGUCUCGCAUGGAGAUUUGAGAGUCUGCAGGAACCUGACCCAUCUGACUGUGUGUGGAGGAGUCCAGGCCAUGGAGGCAGAAUCCCGGCCAUCUGUGUUGGCCUAAGCUCUUGUGGCACACACAGAUUACGGCCCAACAUGCAUUUCUGCAGCUAUUUCUUAGUUAAAAUUUCUGGACCCUGUUGUUGUUGAAUAUCAGUAGAAACUCCACAUCAGUUAGGGAAUAUGUAGGGCAUAAUGAUGAUGAGAAUUGUGUGAUGUUUAAUGGAAAGAUGUUAAAUUUUGUGAUAUGGAGCCAUGUAAUUUUUUUCUAAUAUAAAAAGUGUACAUCUAUA